AUGGGAGGGGGGCCAAGGUUUGGUGUUAAGGGCGGUAGAGGAAGACAUAAUGCUAGAGUUAGUAGGAUGAGGGUUGAGUCUUGGAAUAUAGUGACUCUCCAGGGUAAGCCCAUAGAGCUUGUGAAGAUUCUUAGAAAGAGGAGGAUUAACAUUGCGUAUGUCCAAGAGACUAAGCGGGUGGGCUUGGAUGGGAAGGAGAAGAUGCAGUUUUGGGAGGCUUUGGAUGAGGUGGUGAGAGGCAUGCCUGGCUCGGAGAAGAUUGCUGUAGCAGGUGAUUUCAAUGGGCACAUCGAGGCAUUACCAAAAGGCUUUGGCGAUGUACAUGGUGGUUUUGGUUUUGGGCAGAGAAAUAAAGAGGGAGCUUCUCUAUUGGAUUUUGCGAGGUCCUUUGGGUUGGUGGUGGUGAAUUUGAGCUUUUCAAAGAAGGACGAUCACUGA